GCAUCCUCACCAUUGCCGUCGUGGCAAAAGCCCGAUAUCUCGGCAGAAUGGCAGCCCGAGCGCAUGGUCAACUGGCAGCCCAUUCGUCAGACGAGCCGAAUUCAGGGCUCCGUGUGGCAGCAGGUCCACGACUCUUUGCAGGGCGGUGCCGCCCAACUCCCGGAAGACCUGCUUGGACGCUUCAUGCGCAAGGCAUCUGAGGCGACCCAGAAGAAGAGCACCGAGCAGAAGAAGUCGGCCGCAACCAAACGGCUGCUUCCCUCCAAGCAAGGUUUGGUUGCUGACAUCCACCAUGCCCUCUUGACGAGGAAGGGCAUUCGAAACGUCCUCGACCUCAAGUGGAUCAUUGGACCCAGCGGCGAAGCAGAAACGCAGGAGGACGAUGUGGAGGAUGCUCUGCCGGAGGAACUGCUUGAAGCCUUGCUGGGCCUUUUGGGUGCUGCAGUUGGAGAGGAGCGCAGCCUGACUGCUGCUGGUCAGUCCCUGAAGGAUGGUGUGCAGUCGGAGAUAUUCCUCCGCCAGAUCCUACAAAGUGUCCCACUGCAAGAGCUGCAGUGUCGUGUACAGUUAUGCUUGGACAUUGCCCGCUUCCCGCUUAAGGCGGCUGAUUUAGAGAGUGGGCUAGAUUUGGCGCUGUCGGCUGCUUGGAGCAUCCUCGAUUCUCGAGCUGUUCCCAUCCUCCUGGAAGGAAUUCUUCUCCUAGGCAACUCUGUCAAUGCUUCGUCCAAGAACUUGGGCGGAGCCGUUGGGGUAACCUUGGACUCCUUGACCAAGCUGGCCCACACCCGAUGUUUACCAGCCAAGCAGGCAGGAAACAAGAGCAAGAAGGCUUCUGCCAGGGCUGAAAGCGCGCUAGAAGUGCUUGCCUGCCACCUGGACGAGGCCAACGAGGGUUUCAUGAAGAGCUUGGCUUCUGACUUGGACGCCUGUCAUGCAGCCAAAGACUUUGACCGCACCCUAAUGGACGGGCUGGUGCAGGAAUUGGCCUCGCAGACCAGGCAGAUGAAAAAGAGUCUCCAGGCAGAUGCCACCUCUGCACAGGCAGCUGCAACGAGCCCUGCCAGGCUCAGCAGUUUCCUCGAAGUUGCGGAUCCAAAGGUUGCGCAUUUGCAGGAUCUGUUGGAGGAGGUCGACGAGGCCACGGAAAGCCUGCGCCAGUGGUUUGCCGAGCCUUCAACCAGCUCGCUGCACGACAUGCUCAAAGUACUCAGUGCGCUCAGGGACAUGCUGCCUGUGUCAAAGCCAACUGCUGCGGAUGCAGCCAGCAGAUCACGCCUGUACCAGAACAGCGAGACACGAAAGCGAAGGCUCCGGGAGAAGGCAGAGAAAGCUCCGGAGAAGGAAGCUGCAGUCAGCCUGCACGUUCCAGACACGCAGCAGAUCUCCAGAGAUGGAGAUCUGGCUGAGACGACACCUGAGAUAGUGGCAGCUGAGACACAGAGCAAUGCAACAGCCUCCGACGCACCUGAGCCUGAGGAAGCAAAGGCACAAGUUGUCGAGCGCAGUGCUGGAGAUGUUGGAGCUUCAUUGACAGCUACAGUCUCGGAGGCUGCUCCCUCCUCCGUGCUCGCGCAGAUCCUCUCCUUCCGCCAGGGCACCGUUUGGAUUGCUUGGCUCUUCGACUGGCCUUGCAGCAUUCCUCUGGAGGGCCAUCGGAAGUUCUUCGAGAUCUUGCAGUUCAACGCUUCUGAAGACGCCGUGGAUGUGAAGCCAGAACAGGCUUUGCAAAGGUGGAGAUGCCAAAGUCCGCCGUUCAAGUUCGACGUGGCACUGGGAUGCCACCACACCUUCGCCGUGCGUGCCAUGCUCCUGCCGUCGCUAGACAGCCCGAGCCCGGAAGCCGGUGCUCUUUGGGUUUCGGCCAUGUCCCCCUUGGUCACCGUGGACUUGCGGUACUACUCAAACCGUCCACCGCGAGCACUGCCAUCUGCUAUCCAAAGCGGAGCACAUGCUGAAGCCCUUGCUUCUCCUGGACUGCCCGUCGUAUCGGAGAAGACUGAGACUGAGACACCUUCCCCUUGUCGCGGUCGCGUCGCCUCCAGCAUUGGGGAUUUCCUACAAUCGCUGCAGGCGAGUGGAGGAGGAUCCCCGCCGCGACGGCCCUCCUUUCGCACUGACAUCUCCGUGCAGACCGUCCUUCCAGGACAGACAGGCAGCCCUUCCAACAUUGCAGCACCCACUGCGCCGAUUGCCGCUGUCCCGAGCAAGGAAGCUUCUGUGGGCGCUUCCACGAGUACUGGUGAGGCCGCGCCCGAGUCGCACCCCGCGGCAUCCGAAAUUCCAGCGGACAAGGCAGCUCAUUCUGGGGAAUCACGCGAGAAAGAAGCCGAGCUGAGUCUUCCCUUUGAUGAGGAUGCCGUAUCGCCGCAGUCACUUCCAUCCCGAGCCAGCGGAGAAUCCUGGGCAAGCGAAGCCUCACUUUCGGACUUGGACUAUGCGGACCUCUCCCGUUUAGCGCAAGCUUUGCGAUUCCCUUUGCCCCAGUCCAGCACAGCUGGCCAGACUCUUCAGCCGACAGCCGGGCAGUGCUCCGUACCCCGCGCAAAUUCCAACAGCGAGCAAGCGGAAAGCAUGGAGGAGAUACGGAACAGCGUUCGAGAAGAAAGCCUUGACGACAUCUCGAAGCAGACGGCUCGAGGCGAUCCGAAGACGUCCAGCAGCUUCAAGGUCCCGCGUGCAGUGUCCAUCUUCGAUCAAGACACCCUGGACAGCAUGGCGGAAGUGCUUAGCAACGUGCAGAACGUCGACCGCAGCCAGCCAGUCAAUGCAGACCCCGGCUUGCAACCAAGUCGCAGUGGGGAGCUGCUGGACGGAGAGGAGGUCCUGGCUGCAGCACAGCGUGCUUUUCAGAAGCUCCAAGAGAAGCCAUGCAGUGCCUGCGGCGGCACCGGACCGCCUGGGGUUUCUCUUAAAGUAUUAUAUAUCAUAUAUUAUACCAUAUUUUGUUAUAAUAUUAUAAGGAUCUUUUCUCGCUCUUUGCUUUCAUGGAGUUCGCUGGCUCAGGCUGCAUCAGUAUAA